CUUCCCCGUCAUUCGAUUCUUCAUCCUUCUCCAUUUUACAGAACUCCUCAGCGAAGAUGCCCACAAAGCAGAACGUUUGGUUCAUCACCGGCACCUCUGGAGGCCUCGGGCUGCAUCUCGUCAUAUCCGCCUUGGCCAGAGGAGAUCAUGUGGUCGCCACAGUACGGCAUCUCGCAGACUUCUCUCUGCCUGAUGCAGACAAGUCUCGACUGCAUGUAAUCGAACUGGAUGUCACCGAGGGCGAGGAAAGUCUCAAAACAAAGGUCGAGAAAGCCAUCGCCAUAUGGGGUCGCAUCGACAUCUUGGUCAACAACGCUGGUUACGUCUCUAAGUGCAUGGUUGAAGAGGGAGGCUCUGCGGCUGCCCUAGCGCAAUUCCAGGUCAACUUCUUCGGGACAUUAGAUGUUACGAAUGCCGUACUGCCACAUAUGCGCAGCCGCAAGGCCGGAACUAUCGUGUUCAUUGGCAGUCGGACCGUGUGGCAUGCACACGUACCGACCGCUGGAUUCUACAUUGCUUCCAAAGCAGCUAUACAUUCGAUCAGUGAGACUCUCGCCGCAGAGCUCGCUCCCUUCGGAAUCCGAGUGAUACUCGCUGCCCCAGGGGAGUUCCGCACAGAGGGGAACAACAAGGCAGUCUACUCUAUGAACCACCACGUUGGGGAUUACGACGGCGUCCGCGAGCUCGUGCACGAGAAGCUGAAAGAACGCUUCACGCAGGCUAAAGGCGACCCAGCAAAGGCGAUGGAUUUUCUCGUUGAUGUUGUAAGAGGGGAAGGCAAGGCAGAAGGUAGACCGUUGCCUCCUCGCUUGCUCCUCGGAGCUCCCACAUACGAGGCAGCUAGAGCAUAUUGCGAGCGGCUGACCGAGAGCAUGGACGCCUGGGAAGAUGUCGCAACGAGUUUGGAUUUUGACGAGAAACUGAGUGCAUUGUAGAUAGAGGAUUUUCGAUGUCAGGCUAUUAUGCGAUUUGUUACUGAUUAUGUGCAAGGAUACCAUACGGUACGUCGUAGGUACUAUGAUGAUUGUCAGACUCCGUCUUGACCCACUUGAGCACCUGGCACUGGGGGAGUAACGCAUCUUGUGCUAUGGAGUUGUC